ACUAUGCGGCACGUGCUCCCAACUGUGAGCGGCGCUCGUGACUCGGCUCGGAGCAGUUUUCCAGGUGGUUUUGGGUCCGGCUCGUGCGGCGGUGUCAGGCUUUCGCCCGCGUGUUUCCACUCGUGGCUGAAGGAAGGAAGGAAGGCAGGAAGGAAGAGCCGAGCCGAGCCAAGCCAAGUUAGUGUCGGUGUUCCCCUCCAGCAUAAGUGACUGCAAUUCACGCCGAUAUUUUUGCGGCGGCGGCGGACGGACGACGACGACGACGACGACGACGACGACGACGGCGACGGCGACGACGACGACGACUUUUGAGAGUCGUUUUCCUCGGGAUUGCGAACGUCUCGCGAGCUGUUCCGCGCGCGCGACAUGAGCGGGGAGCCAGCCGGGAAGUCCCCCGGCGAGGAGCCGCGCUCGGGGGAAGCCCCGGAGAACGAGCCCGGGGACCAAGUGCCGCAGACGCGCCUGUACAAGCGCCGCUGGCCGACGGUGCUCCUCUUCAGCUGCUACUCGCUGUGCAACUCGUACCAGUGGAUCCAGUACGGCAUCAUCAGCAACAUCUUCGUCAAGUUCUACCAAGUGGACGCCUUCACCAUCGACUGGAUGUCCAUGAUCUACAUGCUGACCUACAUCCCCUUCAUCUUCCCGGUGACGUGGCUGCUGGACAAGAAGGGUCUGCGGGUGGUCGCCCUGGCCGCCACGGCGCUCAACUGCGCCGGCACGUGGCUGAAGGUGGCCAGCGUCCGGCCGCACCUGUUCGCCGUCACCUUCCUGGGGCAGUUCUGCUGCUCCCUGGCGCAGGUCUUCAUCCUGGGCAUGCCGUCCCGGAUCGCGUCCGUGUGGUUCGGGUCCGACGAGGUGUCCACCGCCUGCUCCGUCGGCGUCUUCGGGAACCAGCUGGGCAUCGCCGUCGGCUUCCUGGUGCCCCCCAUCCUGGUGCCCAAUGUGGACAACGUGGACACGCUGGCCCACCACAUCAGCGUCAUGUUCUACAUCACCGCGGGAGUGGCCACCUUCCUCUUCGUCCUCGUCGUCAUCGUCUUCCAGGAGCGCCCCGAGCUCCCCCCCACCACGGCGCAGGCCACGGCUCGGAGCGUCCCGCCCGAGCGCUACUCGUACGGCGCCUCCGUUCGGCGGCUCCUCCGCAACAGGCCCUUCGUCCUCCUCAUCGUCACGUACGGCUUGAACGUGGGUUGUUUCUACGCGGUUGGCACCCUGCUGAACCGCAUGAUCAUCGAGCACUACCCGGGCGAAGAGGUGAACGCGGGCAGGAUCGGCCUGACCAUCGUCAUCGCCGGCAUGGUGGGCUCGCUCAUCUGCGGCGUGUGGCUGGACCGCACCAAAACCUACAAGCAGACCACCCUGGCCGUGUACUUCAUGUCUCUCGUGGGCAUGAUCGUCUACGCCGCCACGCUCGGCCUCGGGCACCUUUGGGUGGUCUUCAUCACCGCCGGAGUUCUCGGGUUCUUCAUGACGGGCUACCUGCCGCUGGGCUUCGAGUACGCCGUGGAGCUGACGUAUCCCGAGUCGGAGGGGACGUCCUCCGGCCUCCUCAACUGCUCGGCGCAGGUCUUCGGCAUCGUCUUCACCAUCUGCCAGGGCAAGAUCAUCGACAAAUUCGGCACGCUGCCCGGAAACGUCUUCCUGUGCGUCUUCCUGCUGGUGGGCGCCGUCGUGACGGGCUUCAUCAAGUCCGACCUGCGGAGGCAGAAAGCCAACGCGUCGGCCACCGCGGAAGCAGAAGUAAGUGUCCGACGCCGAGCCGGAGGCGGACGUGCCGUGGGACUCGGGACUUCCUGUCCAGGUCUCGCGUGUGCGUGCGCCUCCAAAAUAAUGACCCCCCCCCCCCAUUGUGGUUAUUUUUGCCAGCGCUCCACAUUUCUCAGUGUUCCUCCUCCUUUGUCUGUUUGCACCCUUUCAAAUGUUCAACAAAAUGCGUCAGACUUUCUUCUUGAAGUUUUACUGAACUUUGAGCCUCCUGUUAAGAAAUGGAACAUUCUAGAUGAUCUUAAUCUCUCCAAUAACUGAUUUGAGUCGGCUACCGACGGCAAACUGCUACGGUCGCCCUUCAAAUCAAAUUUUGGCUGAAGCGUUUGGACUUGUAAACGCCAACUUUGACCUGAACAACGAAAAAUGGAGACGUGCUUUUGAAAUCCGUUUUGAUUGGAGCUUGUGACUUGCGGUGCGUGCUUUGAAAAAAGAUCGGAUUGGUCUUACGUGCUUUUGAAAAUGGAAGCUCAAAAAGAGUUUUUAUUACAUUGAGAAGGUUUAUUUGGACAUGGACGAUUUGAAAUUGUUUGGCCCGUCGAUGGGCGGCCUUGAAACAGUUUGGAUUGCAGAUUUUGUCCAUUUCAGAAGGUUUGGGUUGGAGGUCGGAUGCGCUUUUGACCGCAAGUGGCCGCUUUGGACUGGAGGCAAAUUGUUGGGAUUGGAAAUACUGGACAUGGCUUGGACGCCAUUUUGAAUGGAGAUGCGGAGUUUAGACAAUUUUGAGCGGCGAUGUUGGUUUUUGAGUGGAAUGUGGAACGGAACGGAAUUUGUUUUGAACAAGUUCGCGUGAGUGACGACACGUGAUUUAGUGCUACUGUUGAAAAAAAACUUCAGAAUUAAUGUUUGAAUUUGCCUGCCUGCGCUUUCAACUGAUGAUAUUUUUGUCUUCUGUUCAAAAAUGGGAAAGAAAUCCUCUUUGGAAAAUGAUCAAGCCAAUCAAAAGAAAAAUCUGCUUGCGUUUGCUCGGCUCCUCGUUUUUUGUUUGUUUUUUUUGCUGCUGGCCUUGUGCAAUUCCCUUGGAGACGGCGUGCCGCUCGAAAGGGUCUCGCUUGUGCCAAUGGGAAGCGUGGAAUGACGUCGCCGCGGCGACCUGAGCGAAUGAAGGCCGAGUGACGGGCGGCUGUGAUUUUAGGCGGCGACGACGACGUCGGGACGAGACUGCGGCGCCGCGGCCUUAAUCUCCACGUCGCAGACGCCGUCUUCGCUUCCUUAAACGUGCAAAA